GCAAAUUUGACAUGCUUUCAUUUGGUGUUUUGCUGAUUUUCAACCAAGACAGCCUGAUGCAAAUGCUAAUAAUUGUGCAUGAUGAUCAUCAUUUCAAUGAAACUUCUUUUGACAGUGUGUUUUGGCUGCUUAGCUACAGAUCCCAAUAAUUUAAGAGUCAUCCAAAGACCAACAAAUAUAAAUCUAUCAGUUGGAGACUACACUGAAAUCACCUGUAUUUGGGAAAAAGCUAUUGAGAGGUGUAGAGCAUGCUGGUGGUUUGUUAAUAAAGUGAACAUCACUAAAGGUAUAGCAUCAAAAGUUCUCUAUUCGUCCAACAUCACCCGUGAAAACAAGGAUGUGCUCGUCAUCAAAUCUGCCAGUGUAAAUGACACUGGGUUUUACUACUGUGAGAUAAUUCUUGAAAUACCUUUCUUUAAGAAACUACGUGGAAAUGGGACAACAGUGAUUGUUGAAGAGAAAGAAGCUCACUCACUGGAAAAGAGAUAUUUGGAAUCAUGGGCCGUCCUUCCUUUUUUAGUGGCAGUGGGAAGCUUGUACCUUUGCUACAAAAAGAAAAAGCACUCCAGCCUAUCUGGUGCUGCACAGCUUCCUGUGCUGACAGGAAGGCAAGAGCAGGAGCAGAGACUCGAGGUGGAAGAGCUUCAUGGGAGAAAUGAAUACACCAGAGAAGCAGCUGAGGAAAACUCAUCAUCUAAUUCUGUUGAAUGGGCUGUGUCUAUGCUUUAUGAAUCACUUGAAAUUUUUUGCAAUGAAUCAGGAGAAAAAGAUGACAAAUCCACUGCGACUAUUGUAUCUAAUGGAGAAGAUGAGCAAAUCCCAAACUAGGGCAGCUGAAAAGUCUAGAAUGAGACAAGGAUCUGCCGUCUACCUCGACAUUCAGAACUAAACAAAAUAUGGCUAAAUAACUACAAAAUUGAAAAUAUAUGAUAAUUUACUGCUGCAAGAUGGAUUACGUGUUUCCUGUCAAAAGCUUGUCAGUGGGACAUAUACAAGAAAAACAGUUGGCUCCAAGCAGUUUUUGAAUGUUUUGUCAUUACCAAAACAUUCUAAGGAGUCUCUGAAUUUGGAGGAUAUGUCAUUUAGAAGACUGUCUUCAGCUCUUCCUCUGGUGUCCAGAGGAAGAAAUACUCUGUUUACCAUACUUUGAAAAAAACUUCUGGACUGAGCAACAUUCUCCUACACAAGCAUUUCUUCAGGAAGCCCAUGUAUGAAUAGGAGAUGGUAGAGACAAAAAUGCAUGGAGUCUGAGCUCUGAAACUGCCAUCAGUUCUGACCACAUUAUGUACAGAGAGGUAUGCCAGAAAGGAUUAUAUUCCUGUUAUAUAUAGAGGGACUUAAUUUGUUCACAAACUAGGAAAAGUCUUCCAGAGAAAGAAGUCUCCUACACACAAUUAAAUACUACAUUUAAAUAUAUAUAUAUAUAUAUAUAUAUAUGUACAUAUAUAUAUAUAUGAAUGAUGUAUAAUUAUUGUCUAAGUGGUUGAGGAGGACUACUUGGAGGAGAUAGGGGUGGUAAUUCUUGUUCCACUUUUGCCAGCUUUAAAACUUUUUUAAAAAUCACUGAAGAAAAACCGAAGUUGAAAAAACUUAAGGAGAACCUGGUUUCCAAGGUCAGAGCACAGGAGAAAAGUUUUGGCAGCAAAGCUAAUGGCAGUUGUCCAAGGGCUGCUGAAUGCUAAGAGUGGAUAUCUGAAAUGUGAAUGUGUUUAUGUACCAGGGUUAUGUCAUCUUCUGUUAAUGUUUUUCCCAGAGCUUAGCUGGAGGUUAGAACAUCUUGCCAUCAGUGCAGAUAGAAACAACUUCACUGCUUGAGAUUUUUGGCCAGCUCCUACCUGGGCAGUGCAAUAGACACAAUCCAGCUUUCCCAGAGCCCUUAAAAACUGCUUGUGUAGCCUAAAUGUGUGACUGGCUUCCUACUAAAUGCUGUUAAUGAAAUCUUUGUGGCCAUAGAGCACAGCUCGUGGUGUGGCUCAGUCUGUGCUGUACUGACUGCAGUUCACAAAGCUACUUCUCAAAUCACUGUAACUCAGCUGGGUCUCACUCUGUGCUUGGAUCCUCUCUCCUGGGUUGCUCUGUAACCUGCCCUGAAUUCCCUACUGCAAUAAAUAUGCUGCUGUCUGAACUAGACUGUGAUCAGUGCUCUGUGAUUAUAUCUUUUAUGAGAGAAACUGUUACAUCUCAUGGUGUUUAUGUGUAAAUGGAAUAAAGCAAAAAAAUAUUCUUUUUCUCUUCUUAAAGUUCAGGUAUUUUAAAAUCCUGGUGGGAUUUGUCCUGAAACUCACUAUUACAGAUCCAUUUCCUUUACUGCAUGGUGAAACUUGUCAUGUGCCAUAUUCCUUUAAAGAUCAGAGAUGGGGCUGCUCUGGAUUCCCCCAAACCCUGUAACUUUGUUUGCCACACAAAGUCACCAUGUGUAAAGCAGUGACCUUCAGUCCAAGUCCCUGCUCAAGGAAGCUCUCAGUUAUGCACCAGAGCUGUAAGUGGGUGCAGUAAAUUUUGGUCUUUCUAUAUACUGCUGCUUACUUCUCUGUUUAAUCGCAAUGAGAUGUACAGUUUUCAGGGAAAAUGUUACAGAAAACCACAGCUUAAUAGUCUCCAAAUCCUAUUUUCAUUACAUUUUGAUUAAAUGUGUCUCCUAACAGCAAAGAAUGCUCCCUUCUUAACAGCUGCUCACAUUUUGUAUGUUAACAUGGUCAUUUCCAACAUCUGUAGAAGACUGCACCCAAUUAUCAUGACCUGUUUUUAUCUGUGGCUGACAGUGGUGGCUAUGAGCCAGCAGAGUAUUUUUAGAGCUCCAGCUUUUGACACCUCUGCCUCAAAUAUAUUAGCUUCUCUGCUUCUAUGACACUUGGGAAGCAAUAAAUCCUUCGGCGUUUUAAUUCUUCUUGGCUGUUUUGUUAGCUUUAAAACAAAACCAGCACUCUGUAAUUAACCUCAGGUCACAUUCUAGCAUGCAGUAUGAUCUCAGUUUUAACUGUCUGUUUGGCUGAUGAGUAUAUAAUGAAGGCAUCUGUCUAAUAAUAGAACUUGAAGAGAGUCCUGGGCCCUUGCUUUUAGCCAUUUUAUUGGUUAUUCUCUUUUGAACAAGCUGCUGAAAAAUGAUGGUUCCAUUCCAUUUAAUUUGAUGUCCAAAGUCCUGUGUUGAGCACAGGCUGAAACACACUGAUUUAGGAGCAAGUCUGGCACAAUGAAUUCAAAAGCCUUGUGUGUGUUCUGUGCUUUUAAUGUCUCCCCAAUGUACUGGGCUUAGUCACAGUCCUACAAAUGAGGCUCCCUCUCUGCUUCUGUCACGCUCCUGACCCUGGUUUGCAGAGCUGGUACAGUCUCCUUGAGCCUGAACUCUCUCUCUGCCCACUCCCUUGCAAAACAUGCAAAGAGUCUCAUCUUAUUUACCCUACCUAGCACUUAGGCAGCUGCUCUUAGUGACUGAGUAUGAUCUAGCUUGACCUGCACAUUUUCUUCCAAGCCCUGGCCUGACUGGGGUUCCUUCCUCUGGUUGUAUCCAUGGAAGAUCAUGGAGCCGGCAUUCCCAGCCCCAUGACAGCAAGGACCCUCGGUGGCAGGCAGGAUGAUGAGGUGUCCCAAUGGAGGUGUUUGCAGAACAGCCCUGUUUGUGUGUGGUGCUGUGAGUGAUGUUCCUGUGCCUGAUAACGGGGCUGUCAGAGCAGCAAGGAUGUCGUGGAUUAGCCCUGCCUGGCAGCUGAGCUCUGCACAGCCACUCGCUCCUGCCUCCCCUGGGUGGUUACAGGGGGCAGCUGUAAAGGGCUUUUUAUUACCAUUGUUUUUACUAAGUGCUCUUCCGUCAGUUUCUUUGUAAACAGGAAACUGAAAUACAACUGACAAACAAAUACUCAGAUCAAAAGAAUGUGAAGCAAUUUCUCUAAUGAAGACAAAGGGCAGGUGGGUGAUCAUGUGUCAAUGUUUCUUGUUUUCUACAUAAUGUGAAAUACUGAGAUGGGAGGAAGGAUUCUUAUGAACAUUGAAAUAAAACAGCUUUGGCUAAGUUGC